AUGGAGCGCCGUUGCUCUCCUCCUCCUGCAUACAUACCGUAUCCCUUUCAGAUAGACACCUCCUCGAUGCUCGUCUACAUUCUUCUGGCCAUCAUCGCCUUGAUCUCCUAUCUCUUCUACCUAAGUAUUACACAGACGUGUGCAAAGACCGACACGAAAUGUACAAGUAUUCGAACAUCGUCUUCUUCUAGAAGAUCCUCCAGAAGGAAUCUGAAUUCUGAAGGCGUGGUCGUCGUGGCUCCGCCCCCUCCUGCUCCAGAGGCCACGCCCCCUCCUGCUCCUGCUCAAACCACAGUAACCUCAGUGAUGUUGGCACCGAAGGACAACUUCUCCAGUGGAGUUAUUGCCGGAAAAUCGGAGAGACUCGAAGCCGCGCCGACGGAACGCCAGACGCCAAGUGAGAAAUCCAAGAAAUCGAAGAAAUCGAAAAAGGAGAAGAAAUCGAAAAAAUCCUCCAAAUCUUGUUCUUCGAAAAAGUCCAAAAAGUCCAAAAAAUCGAAGAAAAGAAGCAAAAAGAGGAGUAAAUCCCCGUCCACUCCAGAAUCCCCUUCCUCCGUCACCCAAACUGCAAAAGAACUACAAAAGGAUACGGUAAAAUCUUCGACUACGGCUCCAGAAUCCACGGCUCCAGAAGUCCAGAAGAAUAAGAACGAUGAUGCUCCAGAAUCUGGAGUCAAAACUGCCACGGAGAUUCCUCUGACUCCCACGACAACUACUGUAGAUCAAAAAUCGGAUGUGACAAAGAGUACCAAUGCUUCCAGUGUUUCGACCGCCGCCAGCUCUGCCUCGAGACAAACCACAAAGGCGAAGAAGAAGAAGAAGCGCAGCAAGGCGAAACCGAAGAGAUCGUCGGCGGAGAAGACGGAGUCGAUUUCUCAGUGA